AUGGCGCCAUUUGAGGCACUGGAUGGGCAGAAGUGUAGGUCACCCAUUGGGUGGUUGGAAGUUGGAGAAAGGAAAUUAUUGAGGACAAAGAUGGUACAAGCCACAGUGGAAGGAGUACAAAUAAUUCGAGAACGAAUGUUGGCCUCUCAAAGUAGACAAAAGUCGUAUUCCGACAACAGACGCAAACCCUUAGAGUUCGAGAAAGGCAAACUCAGUCCUCGAUAUAUUGGCCCGUUUGAAAUAUUGGAACGCAUAGGAGCUGUUGCUUAUCGAUUGGCAUUACCACUGGAUUUUGAAGGGGUUAAUCUAGUGUUUCAUGUAUCCAUGCUCAGAAAAUAUGUUCGAGACCCUUCACAUGUGAUACAACAUGAUACGAUAUUGUUGGAAGAUAGGUUGAAGUACCAAGAGCAGCCUGUAGCUAUAGUGGACUAUCAAGUAAAAAGGCUUCGCUCUAAGGACAUCGCCUUAAUGAAAGUAGUAUGGCAAAACAACUCGAUAGAGAAUGAGACUUAG